CCUCCACCCCCAUCCACUCGCGCGCAGCUCGCCACCAUGCCUCCGAGCCCGGGCAAGAUCCAGCCCCUUCCCAUCAAGGUGCUGUAUACGAUCGACACGAGCCCCCAGUCAUACCUUACCGUCCUGAACGACAAGCAGCCCGUCUUCGUGCAGCAGGUCGGUGCCGAGCUCGUGGGCAGCGUCGCCCUCAAAGCACUGGCGAAGGGCAUUUGCUACGCGAGCCCCGAGUGCGUACCGAACCGCAAGUCUCUCGACUACACGGUGUACAACCUCGACCCGUCUCCACGGGCGUCCGGCGGACGCGCAUUCCCCUCGCCUUCCGCGCCACCGCCUGCGUCGGUGUGGACAGGGCGCGGAUUUCUUUCCUGGGCGCUGGCGGAGGCCGGGGGUGGCGCCACGCUCGUUCGCGGGAGGUUGGCCCGCGAGUACGAGUUCUCCAACGCUUGUUUCGCCGAGGGCGGCGGAUUGGAGGGGCUGAUGGCCGCCGCAAGGUCAGAAGAUGCCGACGGCAAGGGCUGGGGCCUUGAGGUCACGCUCACCCUCCGUCAGCUGAAUCCGGAAGGCAAAGCCGAGUUCGCAGGGCGGCGCGAGUUCGAGACCAUGCUCGCAGGUGGCAAGAGCAGUGCGGCGAACCCCUUGGCCGUGACGAGCCCAGGGCGGGAUCGAGGGUUCGUCAAGCCCGCCCCACCGCAGCCCAAGCCUCCGUCUCCAUUGCGCCGCCCUGUUCCUACAGCUGCCGCCGCCAGCUCCAACGGCGUGUCGAGGAAUGUUUCCAACGCGGCAAAUGCGAUUAACGCAGCCACUGCGACGAACGCGACAGCCGGCCCAUCCAAACCCCGCCCACCACCAUCACCACGACCUAAGGUGAAUCGCACGCGUGCCGUCACUCCCCCACCACAGCCGAAACACAUCCCACAAACGCCACCCACGCCGUCCCCGUCCCGCGCGCGCAUCCUCGAAGUGCUCAAGUCUGAGGCUUCGAUGUCACCCAACAUGGCCAAGAAGCUUGUCGGCAACCCUUUCCUUGUCAAGCUCCUCAAGACACUGCCUGAAAGCGACACCACCUCCUCUCCUGGCCCCGGAAGAUGGGAGAAAGUGACGGUGCCACCCGCACCCCACUCAGAUUCCUUCGAAGGACGGUGCGAGAACUGCGGCACAACACAGAGCGACCAGUGGCUCAAGAAGAAGGUCAAGGGAAAUCGCGACGCGCGGGUCUGUCAGCCAUGUGGGCAAUACUACAACCAACACCGCACGUUGCCCGUUCCGAACUCUACGCCCGGCGCGGCGUCGACGCCAGCGCCCGUGCGCUCCUCGCCGCGGUUGAACAAGACCCGUGCCGACCCGACAUUGACAGAAUCGCCCCGCAAGCGGCGCAAGGUACCUACGCCAAGCCCGCGCAUGGCGACUCGGGCGAGCGCACGCAAAACAGGUGACAUCGGGACGGAGGAGGCGACGACACCCACGCCCGGUGAGGCGGGGAGCAGUCUUGACUUUGCUUCGCACUUCCCCUUCGCCGACCUCAACGAGUCGACGCCGGCCGAGAACGAGGACUUGUCCACGCUCUUCCUCCAGUUCCAGGACGAGGUGCCGUCUGCGGGCAUGACGCUCGACAGCGUGUUCGGGACGCACGAUACAAACGAUAUUCUCGAGCUACUCAAGUCGCUUGAAGGAGACGGCGGGACAGGCGUGAGCCAGAGCGAGCCGUAGAUGUAGACGCGGAGCCAUGUACGUAUAAUAUUAUAUAAGCCGUCCAGAGGGCUAGUCCGAAAAAGUCAGGUCACACGUCGCCCCGCAGCAUUACAAUGAAUACACCUUCAGUAUACCUCAUUCGUACAUUCACAAACGGUCAUGCGAUCUUGGAG